GGGGGGGGAGAAAAAGCCAAACGCCAAGAGCCAAAUAACCCCGGAAGCCUCCGGAAGCUGCUAUGGCAUCAGAAGAGGCCUCAUUACGAGCUUUGGAAAGUCUAAUGACUGAGUUUUUCCACAACUGCACGACCAAUGAAAGGAAGCGCGAGAUCGAGGAGCUCCUAAACAACUUUGCCCAGCAGAUUGGUGCCUGGCGGUUCUGCAUCUAUUUCCUGUCGAGCACAAGGAAUGACUACGUCAUGAUGUACAGCUUGACAGUGUUUGAGAACCUGAUCAACAAGAUGUGGCUAGGGGUCCCGUCGCAGGAUAAGAUGGAGAUCCGCAGCUGCUUGCCCAAGCUCCUUUUGGCUCACCACAAAACUCUGCCUUACUUCAUCCGGAACAAGCUGUGCAAAGUGAUUGUGGAUAUCGGCAGGCAAGACUGGCCCAUGUUCUACCAUGACUUCUUCACCAACAUCUUGCAGUUGAUCCAGUCCCCCAUGACCACACCCCUCGGGCUGAUCAUGCUGAAGACGACGUCGGAGGAGCUGGCAUGCCCGCGGGAGGACCUCAGCAUUGCCCGAAAAGAAGAGCUGCGGAAGUUGCUCCUGGAUCAGGUCCAGGCAGUCCUCGGGCUUCUUACGGGUAUCUUGGAGAGCAUCUGGGACAAGUACAGCGUUACUGCCGCCACUCCACCGCCAUCUCCGACGUCGGGAGAAAGUGGAGACCUCUUAAGUAGCCUGUUGCGGAGUCCCAGCACGGCCAAACUGCUGAACCAGCCAAUCCCUGUCCUGGACGCAGAGAGCGAGUACGUCUGCUCCCUGGCCCUGGAGUGCCUGGCCCACCUCUUCAGCUGGAUCCCCCUGUCAGCCAGCAUCACCCCUUCCCUCCUCACCACCAUCUUCCACUUCGCCCGCUUCGGCUGUGACACCCGGGCCCGCAAGACGCCCUCCCUCAACGGCAGCAGCCUGAACGCUGUCUCGGGGGCGGAGCGGGGCCGGCUGGGGGUGCUGGCCAUGGGCUGCAUCAACGAGCUGAUGUCCAAGAACUGCGUGCCGGUGGAGUUCGAGGAGUACCUGCUGCGGAUGUUCCAGCAGACCUUCUACCUCCUGCAGAAGAUCACCAGGGAGAACAACGCCCACACCGUGAAGAGCCGGUUGGAGGAGCUGGACGAGAGUUACAUCGAGAAGUUUACUGAUUUCCUGCGGCUCUUUGUGAGCGUCCACCUGCGGCGGAUCGAGUCCUACUCGCAGUUUCCUGUGGUGGAAUUCCUGGCCCUGCUGUUCAAGUACACAUUUCACCAGCCUACCCACGAGGGUUACUUCUCCUGCUUAGACAUUUGGGCGCUCUUCUUGGAUUACUUGACCAGCAAGAUCAAGAGUCGCCUGGCCGACAAGGAGGCGGUCCUCCACAGGUACGAAGAUGCUCUGGUUCUGCUGCUGACGGAGGUGUUGAACCGGAUCCAGUUCAGGUACAACCAGGCCCAGUUGGAAGAACUGGAUGACGAGACGCUGGACGACGACCAGCAGACAGAGUGGCAGCGGUACUUACGCCAGAGUCUGGAAGUUGUGGCCAAAGUGAUGGAGCUUCUGCCAACCCACUCCUUCUCCACCCUGUUUCCGGUGCUCCAGGAAAACUUGGAUGUCUACCUGGGACUGCAGCAGUUUAUUGUAACGUCGGGGACAGGUCACCGGCUGAACAUCACUGCCGAGAACGACUGCCGCCGGCUCCACUGCUCCUUGCGCGACCUGAGCUCCCUGCUCCAGGCUGUUGGCCGCCUGGCUGAGUAUUUCACCGGAGACAUGUUUGCUACCCGGUUCCGAGACGCUUUGACGGUGGUGGAGAGGUUAGUCAAGGUUACCCUCUACGGGUCCCAGAUCAAGCUGUACAACAUUGAAACUGCCGUGCCAUCCGUGCUGAAACCCGACCUCAUUGACGUGCACGCCCAAUCGCUGGCUGCCCUGCAGGCGUACUGUCACUGGCUGGCCCAGUUCUACGGGGAAGUCCACCGGCAGAACCCGGAGCAGUUUGUCUCUCUUGUCUCCACCUCCCUAGAAGCGAUCACGCCGCUCAUCAGCUCCAAGGUGCAAGAGAAGCUGCUGCUCUCGGCCUGCCACUUGCUCGUCUCCUUGGCCACCACGGUGCGACCCGUGUUCCUGAUCAGCAUCCCAGCCAUCCAGAAGAUGUUCAACAGGAUCACGGACAGCAAUGUGCAGCGCCUGCCCGAUAAGGCUCAGAUCCUGGUGUGCCGAGCCCUGUCGAACAUCCUGCUGCUGCCGUGGCCGAACCUCCCCGAGAGCGAACAGCAGUGGGCCGUCCGCUCCACCAACCACGCCAGCCUGGUCAUGGCCCUCACCAGGAAUUACCGCAGCCUGAAGACCAGCGCCAUCUUGUCACAGAGGAAAGCGCAGCAGGAGGACACCAAGGCGGUGAUCCAUCAGACUCUCAGCGUCUUGGAAGACAUUGUGGAGAGUGUCUCCGGAGAAGCCACCAAGUCCCGCCACGUCUGUUACCAGUCGCUGCAGGAGUCGGUCCAGGUCUCGCUCGCCCUCUUCCCCGCCUUCAUCCAUCAGUCAGACGUGACGGACAAGAUGCUGAGCUUCUUCCUCACCCUUUUCCAAGGGCUGCGGGUGCAGAUGGGCGUGCCUUUCACGGAGCAGGUCAUUCAGACAUUCCUCAACAUGUUCACCAGGGACCAGCUGGCGGAGAGCAUCCUCCGCGACGGGAGCACCGGCUGCCGGGUGGUGGAGAAGUUCCUGAAGAUCCUCCAGGUGGUGGUGCAGGAGCCGGGCCAGGCCUUCAAGCCCUUCUUGCCCAGCAUCAUCGCGCUCUCCAUGGAGCAGGUCUACCCCAUCGUGGCGGAGCAAUCCUCCCCAGAUGUGAAAGCGGAGCUGUUCGAGCUGCUCUUCCGGGUCCUGCACCACAACUGGCGGCACUUCUUCAAGUCCAGCGUCCUGGCCAACGUCCAGAGAGGGGGCACCGACGAGCAGAUGGAGAACGAGCCACAAUUCAGUGCCAUCAUGCAGGCUUUCGGCCAGUCCUUCCUGCAACCCGACAUCCAUCUGUUCAAGCAGAACCUGUUCUACCUGGAGACGCUGAACACCAAGCAGAAGCUGUACCACAAGAAGAUCUUCCGGAUGACCAUGCUGUUCCAGUUUGUGAAUGUGCUGCUGCAGGUGCUGGUCCACAAGUCGCACGACCUCUUGCAAGAAGAAAUCGGCAUCGCCGUCUACAACAUGGCCUCGGUGGACUUCGACAGCUUCUACUCGGCCUUCCUCCCUGAGUUCUUGGCCAGCUGCGACGGUGUCGACGCCAACCAGAAAAGUGUCCUUGGAAGGAACUUCAAAGUGGACCGGGACCUGCCCUCCUUCACCCAGAAUGUGCACAGGCUGGUGAAUGACCUGCGCUACUACAGACUCUGCAACGACAGCCUGCCCCCCGGGACCGUGAAGCUAUAG